CGCUUCCAAGGUUUGAUAGAAGACAAAUUUGGUGCCACCUGCUGGUUUGACGCCGCGCACCCUCGGAGGAUGGGAGCCCCUUCCGAUGAAAGAUGUUCGAUCCGCAAAAGAAAGGCAAAAUGAGGGGCGCACAGGUGUCAAAGAGGUAUAAGAACCCGAGCAGGCGGCCUUGCUUGCCCAAACUUCUUCCUUCCCCUUCUCUCCCUGUAGCUGGCUACAAACCAUCUCCCCCAGGUUCCUUCGUCCUCAAGCGAGUGUUCGAUACACUGCCAAUCCUCCACUUCCUGUUUAUCCACUUUUCGACUUCGAUACGGAACAGCUGGUCUGCUUCCACCACUAUCGACACUCUCAUUUCAUCACUGUGCUGACCGUCUGUCCAACCGCCAUUUUCGCACCAUGACCAAGAUCUCGCUCUACGCUCUCAUCGGCGCUGUCGCCACGGCCUCUCUGUCCGUCAGCGCUGCAUCUGUCACUGUUGCCGAGGCCCGCGUCACGCCGCUGGCCACCCGCAACAUCGAUACGAGCAGCGAUUGGAACUACGAUAGCUGGGCUCGCCGUGAUAUCACCCAGCCUCGCAACACCUGGGAGAUGCCCGCGGCCCGCGCUGGUAUCAUCUUCGCCCGGGAUGAUGUGGCUUCAUCAUCCUCUGACUCUAGCUCUAUUGCCACACCGUCACCGAGCACAAAGUCUAGCGACAACUACAAGCACCACAAGCACCACAAGCACAAGUCUACUCCUGCCGACGCUAAGGCCGAAUCGACGUCAUCCAGCUCGAGUUCGUCAUCCAGCUCGAGUUCGUCGUCAACCUCGAGUUCGUCGUCAACCUGGAGUUCGUCGUCAACUUCGACUUCGUCGUCAACUUCGACUGCGUCGUCAACUUCGACUGCGUCGUCAACUUCGACUUCGUCGUCAAGCUCUUCCAGUAGCCACAGUGCGACCUCAACCACAUCUUCGGCCGCCAAGGCCACACCCACCCCUGCUCCUGUCUGGGAUGCCGAGAAGUUCCGCGCCGACUUGAAGUCCAAGCUCGACAAGCAGCGCACCAACCUGUCUGAAAAGAUGUCAUCCGUGUCCUCGUCCCUGUCUUCGGCUCGCGCAUCCCACUCGGCCUACGCCGCCUCGGUCACCAAGUCUCACUCGACGAUCGCCAUGCCCACCGCCACCCACGGUCACUGCGAUGGUAUCAAGGUCCAUGGCAAGUGCUGCAGCACUCGCAUUGUCAUUGACGGCAAGUGCUAUGCCUCAGACGACAAAGGCUCCACUAAGCCUAUCCCCGGCAAGACGGUCUAUAUCAACAACAAGGAAGUCAAGAUCUCCGAGUCAAGCACCUCGCACAACUCGACCUUGUCUUCUUCGUCGUCUUCUUCGUCUUCGUCUUCUUCGUCAUCUUCGUCGUCGUCCUCACUGUCUGCCGCCAAGGCCACUUCCACAAGCUCCACGGCCUUGCACAAUGACAAGAAGAAGGAAGAGCACCUGAGCAAGACCCGCGUCGAGCUCAAGCACCAAAAGGAGGAGGCCAAGCACGAACUCCAGAAGGCAAAGGAGGACCUCAAGAAGGCCAAGAAGCCGGAAGAAAAGCAGAAGGCCCACGACGACGUUAAGCACGCCAAGGACAAGGCCAUCAAGGUGCAGGAAGGCGAGAAGAACCUCAAGGUUGAAGAGGCGGCUCUGAAGGAGAAGACCAAGGCCGACAAGAAGGAAGCUGAUCACGACGCUUCCAAGUCGGCCACCAUUCUUGCAACGCCCCACAUCAAGACUACAAAGAAGAGCGGUGCUGUCUCAGACCUUCUCAAUUCGACUGGCUUCAAGCCGGUCGUGACUGCCGCCUUUGCCGUCAUUCUCGCCAACAGCGUGCUGUAGAGCCCCUUGCAAAUAUCUGACCAUGACGAGUCUAGCUUUAGCACAGUCCAUAAUGAGAACUACGGCCAACUUGAACUCAAGAAGGAAACAAUAUGCGAGAUGUGUACUUAUCAUUCCUGGAGGGGAAAGAAUGAC